AUGAAAGCCGCCGUUAUCCUCCUAGCAUUGUGCGUAGGUCGCUCCAGCGGCAGCAUUCACUUCUUCAACGCCUUUCCUUUUCGCGCUGCAGCUGGAAACAGCACAGAAACCAGGGGGAACAAUGUCGUCGCCCAGAAAGGCAGACUCGGUGAAAAAGUACUCCCUUCUGACCCGUCAGCAUCUGUUUUCGACCCCCCCUCCGAAUUCGGUGAUUCGCGCCCGACGGGAGGAUGCACAGGUGUCUGGUGCGAGCGAAGGCAAAAGACGAGAAACGAGAUCCAAGCGGGUAGUUGCAUUUCAGGACGGGACCGGACCACGAAGUCGGGCAACCUCUGCGAGUUCUCGUGUAGAUAUGGCUUCUGUCUAGAGUCUCUGUGUGAGUGCACCGCCAGGGGCGCGCGAAUUGCCGUCCCAGGCGAGAGGGAGGUCCACGUCGCCGCCAAGGACGAUGCAGACAGAGACUUGAACCACCUCUGCCAGUUCAGCUGCAAGUAUGGCAAUUGCCCGGAGGACGUAUGCACGAUUCGCGCCCGACCCCAGCCCGACUACCCCGUCGACUACCGGGAACGGGUCCGCGAGGAGUCUGCACGGAAGUGCUUCAUCUACAAGGAGCCCAAGCAUUGGGAGGCCCAGAAACAGAGAUGUGAACUGGCCUGUAGCAAAGAGCUUGAACAGGCCAGAAAAGAGGGUAGAACAUUCACCGCAAUAUGUGUGGGCUUCUGGCCACUUGACAAACCGAUUCCUUGGCAGAAAUUGGGAGAAGAACAUACGGUUGCCCUUGGGACUUGCUAUUGCUAUCACCAACAAUAG